AUGACAGACAACGUUGUCACUAAGCCACACGAUGUCCUGAAAUGUACUAUUCCGCUAGCAUUCACCUUAGCUUGGCACAAGGCCUAUGGGGUGUCCGACCUAUUGAGCACGAUUGAUCAAGUUCAACAUGCAGCCAUGGCUAUUGAAGAUAUGUGGAAUAUACAUUGCAUAGACUCGAUACCAGGAGAGCUCAGCAAACGGAUCACCAACCCAAACUUCUUGAGCAGUGACCUUGGCAAGUUCGUUCAGAUUGCGGUUUUGGUUGGUCAUGAAAUUGUUCCCGAGCAAUUCUUUGCUAAAUUAGCGACCAAGUGGAAUGGCGAGUCACUUUUGGAAAUAAAGGAGAUUUGCGAAGUCCAGGACAGGAACGGAAAUUUGCUCGUAAGAUUGAGGGCUCUCUAUAUCGGAACUGAAUUGCACGUCACGAAGCAAGUCGAUGAAAUCGUACAAAUGAUUUAUCGCUGUUGA